UUCGACGUGAAUAGACGCGCACAGAGCGACAAUUCGAAAGUCCGAAAUUCGAAAACAGAGUUGAAAUCGCGCGUUCAAGUGCGAAAAAGAAGACAGAGAAGAGAAGUGCUGUGGUGUUGAAAACAGAAUUAAUUUGAAAUAGAUAGAACCAAAGCAUGUCCAGUGUACAAGUGUCGCAACAGCCGCCGCCGCAGACAACCACAGCGCUAUCGAUGCCGUCGCAGCUGCUCCUCAGCCAAAUAGCCGCCGCCAGCCACAGUCAUAGCCAGCACCAGCAUCCUCAUCAUCCCCAUCCGCAAAGAUUGUCGCCCCACGACUACGAUCAGAGCAGCAACCACUCCACACUCUCGCCCAGAUCCAGGGGCAGCCCCACUCCCAGUCCAGCGGCCGUUGGCUCCAGUCCCACACACUCCACAGCCACCACCGGAUCCCCACAGAGCGCAUACGCCCCAGGAUUGAGUCCAGGAAGAGGAGGACAGGAACACGCGACGGAACAGAUCGCCGCCGGAGGAGCAACUCCAUCGGGAAUGGCUCUGCUAGUGGCGCCCAUACCCGUGGGCUGUCCGCCACCCCAAGGACCGCCGCCACCGCCCACACAUCCACGACUGUAUGUGGAGGGAUUCGCACCACAUCAUGUCCCUCAUCUGCAUUCCGCUCUGGUUAAUGUGAACGGAGGAUAUACCCUGCCCCGUCUGCCACUCGCUCCCGUCAUGAAUCCCGCCAAUGGCGCGGCGCCAAUGAAUGGAGUAGCCCCACCGCCCGAAACCAACUCCUGCUCCCCGCAGCCCUCAAGCAACCACACGACCAGCACCACCGCAUCGACCACGACGACACUGCUGCCGCCAGCCCAGAGCCAGCCCAAGAAAUCCUUUUGCAUCGACGCCCUGCUGGCCAAGAGCCAGCACCAGGCGGGAGAGCGGGAGCCCCAGCCCAUCAUUGUGGACGAUCGACUGGCAGCCCUGCACUAUGUCGCCCGGGAUCAGACAGAGCUCAACCACGCCUUCAUGGCCGCCUCCAAUGCGGCGGCAGCUCAGGCUGCAGCAGCCCAUGCGGCAGCCGUCGGCGGAAUUAGCGAUCACGAGGCACUGCAGCGCAUACGAGAAUCACGGGAAUACGAUUCGCCGAGUCCCGACGGCAUGUCGAGAUCCGAGUCCCCGAGUUCCUCGCAUCGGUCCAGUCCGCCCAUUAGCCCCGGCUGCGAGGACCAGCAGCCCCACGCCCAUGGCGGCCAUCCGCAUCUGCACCAGCAUUCCCAUCACAUGUCCAUGCGUAUGUCCGAUCUCCACGACGAGUUCAAAAAGCCCGUGCCACCGCACAGUCCCAUCAGACCCCAGGAUUUCCCUCUGUACGCGGGCGGACAUCCGUAUCAGCUGCUGGCCCAAGGCGGAUCCGCCUUUCAUCGGCCCCUGGAUCCAUCCGGCAAGCCCAUACCGAUCCCCAUGGGUCACAACUUUAUGCCCUCGCAGCUGCAGUUUGAAUUCCUGGCCCGCGCUGGCAUGCUCCACCAUCGUAUACCCGAAUUGGCCGCCUAUCCGCAUCACGCGAUACUGGGAAAGACGCGGAGGCCGCGCACGGCCUUCACCUCCCAGCAGCUGCUCGAGCUGGAGAAGCAGUUCAAGCAGAACAAGUAUCUCAGCCGGCCGAAGCGCUUUGAAGUGGCCAGCGGCCUGAUGCUGUCCGAGACGCAGGUUAAGAUCUGGUUCCAGAACCGCCGCAUGAAGUGGAAGCGCUCUAAGAAGGCCCAGCAGGAGGCCAAGGAGCGGGCUAAGUCCCAGCAGCAGCAGCAGAAUCAGAAUCAGCCUCAGAGUGCGGCCAGUUAGGAGGAGGAGGACCCAGAGUUGGAUAUGGAACUGGAUAUGGAAUUGGAGGAUGAUUUGGUUGCCCAGGAUGAGGAGGAGCAAGAGGAGCAUCCAUUCUAGUCAGGCCGCAAUUAAACUGCCGUCCCACCCAUUAUUGAACCCACAUUUUUAGAUUUUCGCAAUUUGUUGAAAUAUUUUAGUCGUUUUUUGGGGCAGCAACAAAAACCAUGCACUGUGUGAUAUACAUAUGUAAACGAGAAAUAUAUACAUAAAAUUCAUUAUUCCCCUACACCUGAAUCCGCAUCCCCCAUUAUCCUCCCAUCAAUCAUCCUAUUUGUACAUAAACAUCUACAACUAAUUAGAAAACAUAAAGCAUAAGUAAAUAUAAAUGCAAUCUAUGGAAUAAACAUAAACCUAAAGUUAAAUAAUGCCAAUAAAUUACGUUAAAUGAGAUUAGUUUUACAAUUUGGUUAUCUAGUUCGUGUAAAUAAUGUGUAAUUAUGUAAUUUUAACAUUUUAAAAUUAUCAAAACACACAGAUACAGAAAUAACAAGCAAACAUG